AUGGGAAACGGACGAGAUGUCGAGCGCAAACACAGCCGAAGCCCCGAGGGCCCCGCGCCGCAACCUUCGGCAGCGGCGACCACCGAGGACGCGCAGACGUCGGCAAUAGAGGCCGCCUCGCCCGGCGCCGUCGAGGAGGAUGAGUUCGAGCCCAGCGACUAUGACGAGGCAUCGCUCGCCGAGUCGACGUCGGUGGGCUCGAGCUAUCGUCAUGGGCGCUACCCCAUCCCCAACGAUGAGACGGAGCAGAACCGCGAAGACAUGCUGCACGCCAUGAUGCUCGAGGUCACCAACGGCAGGCUAUUCUACGCUCCCAUUGGCGACCACCCGCAGAAGAUUCUGGACCUGGGCACGGGGACGGGCAUCUGGGCCAUCGAGGUGGGAGACCAGUAUCCCAGCGCCGAAGUCACCGGCCUCGACUUGAGCCCCAUACAGCCGGUCUGGGUCCCGCCCAACGUCAAGUUCCUCGUCGACGACGUCGAGGACACCUGGCUCAACGGCGACAACAUCGAUUUCGUGCAUCUGCGGAACAUGAUUCCGAUCCUCAAGUCUCCAGUGAAGCUGCUCAAGGACGUCUACGAAAAUUUGAAGCCCGGCGGGUGGGUUGAGCUCCAGGAUGUCGACGGGGCCGUCCAUUGCGACGACGGCACGCUCCCUGACGACUGGCCUGUACUCGUGUUCUGCAACCUGAUGGUUGAGGCGUUCGCCAAGCUAGGUACAACCUCCCAUGCUGCCGCCUUCGGCGGGAAAUAUCUCGAGGAGGCAGGCUUUGUAAAUAUACAGCACCACACGGCGAAGCUCCCGUACGGGACGUGGCCCAAAGACAGAACCAUGCGGUUGGUAGGUCUAUACUAUCGCACGGCAGCCGAGGACUUCUUCCCAGCCAUGGGCGCGAUACAGAUGCCCCUCCUUGGUUGGUCCCAGGCGGAGAUGGAAGUCUUCUUUGCACAGUGCAGAGCAUGUAUGAGGGAUGAUAGCGUACACGCCUACGGCUUGAUGCACUUCUGGAGCGCGCAGAAACCCCCGAGCACCACGUGA